AGGACCUACAGGUUGUGGAAAAACCCAUGAGAUUAUCAAUAGGGCAAAAAAGCAAUUCACAGUCUUUAUUGACGCUCGAUCUUACCCAGCUUUAGAUGACUCUGAUGAUGCCUCACUCUUCUCAUUGAAAGAAAGUUUUAGAAGCAUCACUUCAAAAUGGAAAAAACCGAAUCAAGACCUGCCACAACUUCGUACUAUUGCUUAUGCCUUUCUACUAUCUCGUGUUCUGUUUCUCAAAUAUCUCAAGCAAAGCUCAUGUGUUGGUCGAACAUCUUGGAAGCACGAUUAUCUCGUCAAUGGAGGGAAAUCACAUCCAACAAAACGGAGAUGUGAAUGAAGAUUCAAAAAGAGGAACACUCUCAGUCUUGCUGUAUGUUAUCAAACGUGAGAGAUUUGCCAAAAAGGUUAUUUUUGCUGGAACAUCAUCAAAACUACGCAACAUUGACAACUUUGGAUCAUUUGGAACGAACCCUGUUGGUCCUCUUAUUCUCAAUGAAUUCACAACUUGGGACUGUGAAAUGGCGUUGGACUAUGUGACUGCUUUUGUCGAUAUUCAUCCGGAUAUUCUCAAGACUGUUCUUACCGACAACUAUCGACCAAGAAUUUUGGAAAACUUUGUAUAUGACUUGUUCAGUGCUGGAAUCAAUGACAAUGACUCGGCAACGGCACAACGCAUACGACUGAAAAAACAACAUGCCUUUUCGAAUAUCAAUGAUAUAGUAGAGGAAUCUUACAAUGCGGUAAUUGAUCGAUUCACUCGUAUGUCAAUCGAACCUAUUGCCAGAACCAUCAGGGAAGAUUCGCACACACAUACUAUGCUAAAGCUUAUUUUAUCAUCAAUGAUGAAGACCAAUCAUGGACCAAUACACUGCCAACUGGAUGAAAAUCAAAAAGAUUUUUUCAUGGAUACUGUUGGAUCCAUAUAUCCCAUUAAUGAAACUGGCGAAUACUCUUUUUUUGAAGGAUAUGUGAUAGAUUCGCUUUUCACGUUAUUCAAAAAAGAGCUUGAAGA